AACAAAAGUACUACGCGCAAAAACAAAAUAUCUUCUUCCUUGCCAUGGGCGCUUAAGCAUAAUAUACUCUGAGAAUAAACCAUAACGGAUUUUUGAAUCCGUAAUCUUCAUUUUCGGUGUAAAUGGAGGCAAAUGGCGGUUGUGAAGCGGAUCGACGACGUCUUCUCCGAUUAAAAUGCUCAAUAAAGGAUUACGCUUGGGGCACAAUUGGAUCGGAUUCACUCGUUUACAGAGUUCACACGGCGAAUUCCGAUGAUCAGAUCGAUUCUACGAGACCCUACGCGGAGCUUUGGAUGGGAACUCACGAGUCAGGUCCGAGUUACUUGGAGGAUAAUGAUGCUGAUGGCUCCAAUGGCGUGACGCUUAGAUCGUGGAUCACCGAAAACCCUGAGUCUCUUGGAGACAGGGUUUUAGAGAAAUGGGGUUGUGAUCUCCCGUUUCUGUUUAAGGUGUUGUCGGUGGCAAGGCCUUUGUCGAUUCAAGCACAUCCUGAUAAGGUUUUGGCGAAGAAAAUGCAUAAGGCUCAUCCUAAUCUUUAUAAAGAUGAUAAUCACAAACCAGAGAUGGCAUUGGCUUAUACCCAAUUCGAGGCUCUUUGUGGUUUUGUACCUCUUCAGGAGCUUAAGAGUGUCAUUCGUGCUAUUCCGGAGAUUGAGGAACUUGUUGGGAGUGAAGAAACAAACCAAGUCUUUUGCAUCAGUGAACAUGAUGACGAGAAAGUGAAGUCUGCUGUCCGAACUAUCUUCACCUUGCUAAUGUCUGCAGGCCCUGACACAACAAAGCAGAUCGUAUUCAAACUAAAACGCCGUCUGCAUAUGGAGAGCCAGGAACGUCAUCUGACAGACAAGGAACGGCUAGUCUUGAAGCUAGAGAAGCAAUAUCCAAAUGAUAUUGGGGUCAUAUCUGCAUUCUUCUUUAACUAUGUGAAGCUCAACCCUGGUGAAGCCUUGUACCUCGGUGCGAACGAGCCCCAUGCAUACUUAUACGGUGAGUGCAUUGAGGUCAUGGCUACUUCAGACAAUGUAGUAAGAGCUGGUCUCACUUCCAAGCCUCUGGAUAUUCAAUCACUUUGUUCCAUGCUCACAUAUAAACUGGGCUUUCCUGAAAUACUAAAGGGAUCAAAGAUUAGACCAUACAUCACAAGAUACCUCCCACCUUUCGAUGAGUUUGAAGUUGAUCUCUGUGAUCUUCCCUCUGGAGCCUCGACAGUGUUUCCCUCUGUACCAGGCCCUUCUCUUCUGCUUGUACUCCAAGGUGAAGGAAGAAUGUCUACAGAUGCUUCUGCAGAUGAGGUUUCAAUGGGAGAUGUUCUAUUUGUGCCUGCAGAUACUGAGAUUCAAUUGAAGUCUUCUUCUGACUUGAAGCUGUACAGAGCAGGAGUGAACAAUAGGUUUUUGUAUUCUCUAUAGUUGAACAACACUCGAGCUUUCUUUCAGUUGAGCUUUCUCAGUUAUUGUAUUAUUAUUGAAUCAAACUCUGUAAGUUUGAACUUCUUGUGCCAAUAAUUAAAAAUUUGAUUGGAUUUUUU